UAUAUAGAUAUACUAACUUGGCAGGUGAAUUGUUAAAUUGGUAAAAUUAUUUGGAAUGUCGUGUGUGGCUCUGUGUGUGAUGUGGUGCUCCAAGAAAAUUUUUAUUUAAUAAGUAUUAACAUGUGAAAAAAUAAAAAUAAAAAGCCAGCCCACUUAUCACUAGCCAACAUAUUAAAAUACAAAUUAAUAAUUAUUUAUAAUACAUUCUAUAUAUAAAUAAUAAUUAAUACAUAUUGAAGAAGAAACGUGACCCAAAAAAUUUAAAUAAAAAAAAAAUUCCUAAAUAAUUAUUAAGCAAUAAAAUAAAAGCCAUAACCUCGAGUAAAAGAUGGAUAGUUCGGAGUACGAGUUGGUGAGAAAUUUAACUCUGCUAUUUUUUUUUGAACGUUUGAUGGACAAAGGUGGUCCACGUACAUUACAUGAUUUAAGUUGUCAAUUUGGAGCAAAAGGAUUUACCAAGGAAAUGCGACAAAUUGCUGGUGGAUCACAAAGUGGAUUGAGAAAAUUUUUGUCACAAUAUCCAUCAUUAUUUGUUGUUGAUGGUGAUGUUGUAUCUGUAAAUACAUAUCAGGCAGUGGUUGAGCCUGACACUGGUGCAACAAUUCAAAAUACACGUGAUUAUGCUAGAGAAGCUGUUGAAUAUUUUACAAAUAAAUUAAUACAAUAUGGUGCUGGUGCUGAGGUACCAAUUAAAAGUUUACUUGGUCAUCGUUCACAAGCAUCACCAGAAGUUAGACAUUUAUCUGGUCAACAUUAUCGUGAAUUUCGUGAUUUUUUAAGUAAAUAUGUUGAUGAUUUUAUUGUUACUGAAGAAAAUGUUAAAUUAAAAAAAUUUGAAAAUAUGGAAGGUGUACCAUUUCAUGAACUAGAACCAGAAAUUCCUGUUGAUCAGGAAAUAACAACAAAAUUAAUUGAUUUUUUAUUUUCAAAUAUUGAUAAAAAUGGUACAACAACAGUUGAUCAAUUAUUAAAUUUAGUAUCAAAACAUCCAGAAUCAAAUCAAUGGUCAUCAUUUUUUACAACAUCACAAGAUUUAUCAACAUUUUUAAAAAUGUUUACAGAUACAUUUAAUGUACAAAAAAAUAUUGUAACUGUAAAUAUUAAGCCAAAAUUAUCAACAAUUAAAAAACCAGAAAUAAAAGAAAAACAAAAUAAUGACAUUGAUAAAACUGAUGGUGUUGGCGUUGGUGGUGGAGGAGGUAGUAAUUUUAGUAGAAAUUCAUCACCAUCAAUUAAUCAAAAUAAUAAUAAUCAAUCAAAUUAUAAUUCACUUGAUAAUCAAACAUCAAUUAGUAAUGAUAAUUUUAAUGAUGAUUAUCAAUCAUCAUUUGAACACAAUUCAUCACCACCAGUUAGUUUACAACAACAAUCAUUAAAACAAAGAAUUAAUUCACUUGUUAUGAAAACAAUUGCUGAUAAUACUGAAAAAGAUAUGAAUAUACAUGCACCACAAAUUGGUGAUUGGAAAUUAAAAAUAUUACAACAAACAAAAGUCAUUGUACAUUUAAAACAAUCAUUACAAAUUAUUGAUGAUAUUAUGAAUUCAUCAAGACUAAGUUAUGAUGGUAAAAUUAUUGUAUCACUUGAUUGUGAAGGUAUUAAUGUUGGAACUAAAGGACAAUUGACACUUGUACAAAUUGGCACAUUAGCUGGAGUUAUUUAUAUUUUUGAUAUAUUUACAACACCAAGUUUAAUUGGAGGAUUAAAAAAGCUAUUAGAAAGUCCAGAUGUUGUUAAGGUUAUUCAUGAUUGUAGAAAUGACAGUGUCAAUUUGUAUAAUCAAUUGGGAAUUAUGUUGACAAAUGUGUUUGAUACUCAAGCAGCACAUGCUGUUAUUCAAUAUCAAGAUACUGGUCGACCAGUUUACAAAGUUAAAAAUGUCAAUUUAAAUACACUGUGUGAAAUAUAUGGUGUACAAGGUAAUCUUUUAAAAGAACAACUUAAAUUUAUUUAUCGUCGUGAUCAAAAAUAUUGGGCACGUAGACCAUUGUCAAGGGAUAUGCUUAUAUAUGCCAGCAGUGAUGUUGUAGGACUUGUACCACAAAUUUAUACUUGCAUGUCAAGAUUAAUAAAACCAGACAUGUGGUUAUUAUUUAAAGAAUUAUGCAGUGAACAAGUUGACAUGCACAUAAAUCCAGAUAGAGUUAAAGCAGCUAAAAAAGAAAGAAAAAUUGAAACAGAAAUAUGUGAUUUGAGAAAACGAAUGGAAGAAACAUCUGGUAAAAAUAUUGUAUUAACUAAUAGAGAAAUUCGUUUACUACGUCAUUUAUCAUUAACUGAAGAUGAAAAAGAAAAAUUAAAAGGUUGUCAUAAGGUUGCUAAAAAACUUGAAAAAUUAGAAAAUUUAAAUCAUGAUAAAAAUGAAAGUACAGAUGAUGAUGAUGAUGAUUGUGAUGAUGAUGAUGAUAAAAAUGAAUAUCCAAGUUUAGAUAGUAUGACAUCAAGUGAUUCAACUAAAAUUGAAUCACCAUCAUUAACUGAAUCAAUGAAAAUGUUAAAUGAUUUUUUGUCUGAUCAUCAAAUUGAUGGAUUUGAAAGAAUGGAUAAACUUGAUGCCAUUUUAUCAACAGUUGUGCCUAAUGAAAAAAAUAAUUCAUUUAUAAAUGAUGAUCAUUCACAAUUAAAUAAAUGUUCAAUGUGCCUUGGUGAUUUAUCAAAUACACCAGUUAAACAACGAAUAAAAACUACUGAGACUGCCAGUCAGACAAUGAGUACAGGUGAUAUUGUUAUAACUCGAGUUUUUUUCAUUGAAGAUGAAAAAGAAAGGACUAAAUUAUUAAGUUCACCAAAAAAAUAAUUAUAAAAACAUUUUUUUUUUUUUUUUUUUCUUACAAAUUUCUUUUACUCUUUUUUUUUUUUUUUUAAUUUGUAAAUGAUUUUAACCGAAUUUAAAAAAAAUAAUCCAAUGACAUAAAUGAUUUUUUUUUAAAUAUAAUUAAAAAUUAAAAUCAUAGUCACGUCAAAUUUUUAAACAUAUACAUUAGGGAAAAAAAAAAAAAAAAAACAAUCAUGAUAUUAUUAAUAAUGAAAGUCAGUAUUUUUUUUUUUUUUUAAACUGACAUGGAGGAAUCAUACAUGAGAUAUUAUUGUAUUUAAAUGCAAUAAAAUUGCAAUAUCUAUUUUUUGUAGAAAAAAGAAAACAAAAAAAAAAAAAAAUAA